CAUGGCAGCCAGCAACUCCUCCGUUGAAAAUGCUCCGUAAGCUCACAGCUUUCAGACAGUAGCUAUUCAAUUUCACUUCACUUGAUAAAACUAUAAAUUUUCCCCAAUUUAAAUCCCAAGAUCAAAAUCCACCUGAAAAUGAGCCGGUGAACCCAGUUUUUUGUAAUAAUAAUAAGUAUGCAGGGGCUGAGUCUUCAGAGAACACCAUUAAUUUCAAGAGCAAAGUAUCCUCCCGUAUUGGGUUUAGGAAACUCAUUGCCGUGUUUUGCUUCCAUUUCAAGAAUACCCAUAUCGCCUUCUUUGAGAUAUAGAGAGAGGUUGAAUUAUGAUUUUGGUACACUUAGACCGCAUGCAUCUAAUGUUAGUAUCGGAUCGGGGGGAUACGAAGGUGGAGAGGAGCAUGGCGAUCGGAAAAGUUCUGUCGAUAGUCCGUCGAGUGACAACUCAUCAGAAAUUGUGAAACCUCCAAGCAAAAUUCCUUAUCCUCUGUCUAUAGCUAUUGUGUUGUUGGGAUGUGCUCUAGUCUUCUCGGCGAUUGCCUUUGUUAAAGGUGGUCCUUCGUCGAUCUUAGCUGCUAUUUCAAAGUCAGGAUUAACUGCUGCUUUCACACUAAUAUUUGUUUCUGAAAUUGGGGACAAGACAUUUUUCAUUGCUGCACUUUUGGCCAUGCAAUAUAAGAAAGGACUGGUUCUGCUGGGAUCAAUGGGUGCUCUUUCACUUAUGACAAUCUUGUCAGUUAUAAUCGGACGGAUCUUUCACUCAGUUCCAGCUCAGUUCCAAACAACCCUGCCAAUUGGAGAAUAUGCAGCAGUAACUCUUCUGAUGUUUUUUGGGCUUAAAUCAAUUAAAGAUGCAUGGGAUCUUCCAUCAGAUGAAGUAAAAAGUGGGGACAAGAGCAGUCCUGAACUUGAUGAAUAUGCUGAAGCUGAGGAACUUGUGAAAGAAAAGGCCUCAAAAAAGCUCACAAAUCCAUUUGAGAUUGUAUGGAAGUCAUUCAGUCUUGUAUUCUUUGCUGAAUGGGGAGACCGCUCAAUGCUCGCAACAAUUGCUCUUGGUGCCGCACAGUCUCCAUGGGGCGUGGCAACUGGAGCCAUAGCUGGCCACCUAAUGGCGACAAUUAUUGCAAUUCUAGGAGGAGCUUUUCUUGCCAACUACAUUUCUGAAAAACUGGUUGGCUACUUGGGUGGAGUGCUGUUUCUUGUGUUUGCUGUUGCCACAUUUUUUGGAGUUUUCUGAUCCAUCCAUGGGAAGUUUAGAGAGGCAGUUUUGGUCUGGCUGAGAUUACGCCAUGGGAUUGUCCAACAGAAGCAUCCCAUACAAAAGGUUAAGAAAACAAAUCAUUUUUAACUUAGGAUUGUUGGAAAUUAUGUUGUACUAUAAGCAAUGUGAAAUAUUAUUCAUUAGAGAACUUUAGAUAUCAAGAGAAUUGUGUUGUAUGUGAUAAAAUUUUCAGGCCGAGUAGAAACCAGUUUCGAGAAUAAGGCGCUGCUGUUGUCAAUAUUUUUCUACUUGUAAAAUGUAAAAAAUUGGGAAAUAUGUUGAUCUUUAUAUUUUUAGCAAACAUUGAAUAAGAAAUGCUUCAUUUAA